UCCUCCUCCUCCUCCUCCUCCUCCUCCUCCUCCUCUCUUUCCCCCGAUCCCCCCGCUGGCCGGACCAAUGGCGCCGCUGAUGGUGAGGUUGAACUUGCCUGGGUUCAGCUCGGAGCAGCCGUUCCAGCUAGCGUCCUCGCCCGAUUCACUGGCGGGGUUGGUGUGCGCGGUGCUGCAGGAGAUCGCGGGCCUGAGCGGCGACGAGCUCCAGGACUUCCACGACAAUGUUGACAGCGUGCCGCUCUCGCUGCUGGCCGAGAUGCAGGGCGGGAAUCUCAUACCGCUCACCUCGGACGCCGAGCUGAAGGUUUUCCUGGAAAGCGCGGGGAGCUCUGGCCGCGGCCCAGGCGUCGUCGAGGUGCGGAGCAGGGAGGAUCCGCCGCCAGCAGGUCGCCUUCAGGCGGCGCCAGAGAGCCCCCGCGCGGCGCCUCCGUCCGACCUCGAUGGCGGCGCCAGCGCCGACGCCGCCGGUGGCUACGCCGCGCCGUCGCCGCGCCCGGAAGCCGACGAGGCGGUGGACGCCACGGCGCCGUGGGCUCCGCUGGAGCUCGCGGCGGACCCCAGCCCGGCGCCCUCGCCGACACCGUCCCCGGCCGCCGCGCGCCCUUCCUCCGCGUCGCGGCUGCAGCCGCCGCGCGUGUACGGCGGCGGGCUCCGCAGCGACGAGGGCGCGCUGGGGGGCCGCCGCGGCAGCGGCGGCGCGGAAGACCAACGCGCGCGCGCGCCCGCGCCCGCGGUUGAGCCGCCCGAGCCGCCCGCGGCGCCCGCUGGCGGCGCCGCGGCCGCGCCGCUGGGCGGGCCUUGCCCCACGGAGUGGGCCGCAGGCCCGGCGGGCCGCCCGCAGCCCCUGCGCGGCGGCGGCGCGAGCCGCGCGCUGCAGGCCGUGCCGGCCGAGGAGGACGCCGAGGGCUUCGCGGGGGGCGCGCGGGGCCUCUCCGCGGGCGCGCGCGCCCGCGAGCCCGAGGCGCCCGCCCACAUGAGGCUCUACAAGGAGACCGAGGACCGCAGGCGCAGGGCGCAGGAGGCCCGGGUCCAGCUCCAGCGGGACGUGGACGAGGAUCAGGAGG